AUGGACGAAUCCGAUGCACCCAGGACUGCGAAUGCUACAGAGAAAUUUCCAUGGCGACCUGGUUUCUUUAAUUAUCCGAUUACUCCAGACACAUCAACUCCCACACGUCGCCCGGCCAAUCCACCAUCACGGCUUCGCUCACAAGCCUCACGAGUCUCUCCGCUGCUCCCGGAUCGCGAAUCCGGUAUUGAAUCCCCGAUACCCAGACAUCCAAGGAAAGUACGAAAUGUCGGAGGACAGGACAAGCGUCGGCCACAAGUUGUCGGAGGAACCGGAUUGCUUCACAACCUGAUGAAGCCCGAAUUGAAACAGGAAAAGUCAUACACUCGAUACCCCUAUGACAAGGAUUUGAAACUCCCUGCUUCGUGGGAGAAUGCUGCUGACCGGGCGACACUGGAGGUGGAUGCUACCGAUUCCACCCAGUUGCGAGACCUGAUUGCUUCGUUCUACCAACCUCCUAUAAUCCGGAAGCAAUUCCGGCGAGUAUAUACCUCCGAGGGGCUAUUGAAAUCGAAAUACUUUCCAGCAAUGGACUUAGUUGAUCUCCAUCCCGACCUAAAGAAGUCACUCCGGCGAAACAACUCUGUUUUUGAAACAUACCAGGAACAUCCACAUUUUUACACUUUAUUUCUCGAAAACCAAUGA